CUCUUUUCCUCCAUAGAAUUGCUCAUAGUAUGGCAUGCACUUUAGUUAAGUAAUCUAGAAUGUAUCAUCAUUAUUAUUUAGCUGUUAGCUAUACACAGAAACAUACAGUAUAUAUUCAACCAGUUGUCAAUUCAUCAAGUCGUCCUCUCUAAACCUAAAGCAGUCUAAUACAACAGACCUGCAAUAAAUCCUUCCUUCAUGAAGGUAAUCAUGUUCAGUCUGUUGAACUGUAUUCUUUAUAUUUGCUAAACAACCAGCGUUGUUCAUACUCCAGACCAGUAGAUGUCAGUAGCGCACCAGCAGUAAACUAAGAAACAGGAAGCAGUUGUAAUGUGAGAGAAGCAGGAACACGUGAUUGUAUUCUUCCCUCUGAAUUUAAAAUGUGGAUCAAACUACUUUUAACAGCAGUUUGAUUUAGAUUGGUCUCAUCUGAACUUUCUGUUGAGCUGUUACUAUUUAGUUGGAGAUAAAUAGAUACAGGGGGUGAUUUUAGGUUGGCUUUUGAUAUGGAAAUACAGCAAUGCAUGAUGGGAAAUGUAACCACUAUUUUUCAAGUAAAGUGUACAUAAUCUUUGUCAACCUUAUUACACAUAACUUUCCUCCAUAUUACAUUCCUGUAAGUGAUCAGACCUUUUAUAGUCAGUAUUCUCUGGUAAUAUCUAUAUGUUCAGCACCAUCAGUCAACAUGGUAUGUCUGUGAAAGAGUCCCCGGCCUCGGAUGUGUACAACUCAUACUUACCUGGCAGGGGAGACACCAUGAUCAAGAAGGUGGUUCACCCAGGGCGAGGCUUGGCCAUUGCACUCCGGCUGAGCUGACCUCUGCGAAUUCCUCAAAUGUGGGAAUCUCGACUGCAUAAUUUGUGGUAGUGGGGGACUGCGUUCGCGCUCUCCCCUGAUAAAGUGUCAACAAUAAUUUAAUAUCCACAUCCAAGUGCAAUAGAUGUUACUGGAGGAAAGCAGUAUUCCACACUUUCCCCUUUUUUCACAAAGAGGAAUAUGUGAUAAAGUGAUUAUUUAGUUUUUAACAGACCAUUAUCGGUCCCCUCCUCAUAGUUCAGCACCGACGUGAACCACAGACUAAAUAAACAGUUCAACGUUAACCAGCACUGGACUACUGGUCUAAGACUGAUUUUGCUGCUUGGUCCCCUCUGUGGGUCGGGAACCCUGGGACUGGUUGCUAGUCUUGCCCAUACAUGCAGACUCUUGGUAGUUGAGCACUUCUUAAGAAAUUAACCCCAAACAUAUUUUUGUAUUAUAUUUUACAUUAAAAGGUUUGAAGUCUAUUACUUGUGUAUCUCACUGACCUUCUAGAGCCUGGUUUGCAGUACCCAGUUCAGCAUCAUCACCUGAUGAUGACCUGGUGCUCGCCUGCCGUCGCUUCAGUUUGUAAGUUCGCACCAAAAGCCAACAAACUGUAAUUUGAACACUUUUAAUAUAAGAUGCUAUUCUGCUCAUGUUUCAUAACAAAUGAUUCAUCAACACUCACUUGCUCCUUCUCCUUGAUAAACUUCAUGAACCUCUUCAUCUGCACUCUUGUGAUGUGGGUCACUGAACUGCUCAACCCUGAUUGAAGCUCCUCAGAUGAAGAUGAAGAGAACUCUUACCUCCUAAAAGUGUAUUUUAGUUGCACUUGAAAAUGGCGACCCGCAUAAUACGCAUCGUCAACCCAGAUGCCCCUGGGAAUCGUCAACAGGCUGUCAUCAUAGCGACCAAAGAGGCCCGUGAGUACAGGAGAACAGAAGGGUCUUCCCCAAACCCCCACAGGAGCUGCUCCACCAGGCCUCGGCCUCGGCCCACGCUGAGAAGCUCCUUCGAGCAGAGGGUGUCUCCUCUCCAUCGCGUCAGCUGUGUCUGGGAACACUGGUGGAUCCAUUCGGCCAGUAUGGAAAUGCACCAUUCCACUGGCUUGUGGCGAACGAUGUGCAUGCUAGACGAGCACAGACUGGAGGGACCAAACCCACAGAGAAAGGGAAAGGUGGGGAACCAGUGGGUGGAGGACUACCUCACAGAGUACACAGAGAGCUUCAAUUCUCCAGUCUCCUUGGGGCCAACAUCAACAGGUGUAUCUACGGCCAGAGAGGGUUUGAGCAUCACACCUUUCAGGAGAUGUGGGAGCUCUACAGCCAGUACCUCACCCAGAAGGACAGGCCAGAGCAGUACUGAGCAGAGCAAUUGUAGGUUAGCGUACCACAACCCUCAACUAUGUGGAUGUGCCCUAUUACAAAUGUCUGCCUGGAAGCAGCAGCCUGGAGGGCUUCCAUAAAUCUCUGCCACACAUGUCAUUAUUCUAAUACCUUUCAUUGUGAUAUUCAACAAGCAACAACCUGACAACUGAAAGAGAGAAAGCACAGACUAAAUGUAC